AAUUCUUGAACGCACAAGAGGAGAGUUGUUGACAAACUAUUAUGAGUAAAAACCGAAAGUAAAGCUGUAGAUUAUUAAAUGUCAUCGAUUUUAUAAACAUGAGGCCUCACGACAGGAUUCAACUAAAUGUAGAUUAAAUCACUCUGAAGCACAUUUAAGCGCGGAGUUAAGUGUUUAAAUUCAUCACGCAGAACACAUGGCAGAGGAAAGCAACAAGCUGACACUGAAGCGCCUAAAGGCACCAAUCAACAAAUUUAUUAAAGUGGCCCUACCCACAGACAUGGAAAGACUGCAGAAGCACCACAGUAACAUGCUCAAGUACCAACAUACACAGCAAUGGGACCGCCUUCAUCAGGAGCACAUCAACGCCAGCCGAACUGUUCAGCAGUUGAGAGCGAACAUCAGAGAAAUGGAGAAGCUGUGCACCCGUGUGCGUGCUGAAGAUGCCGCAGAUCUGGAGCUGCUCGUCAAGCCAGUUAGAGACAGGGCGUUAGCCGCCACACAGGACUUCCUGAGUGUGCAAUCUAACACUGUACCCCAGCCCACAUCAACACCACCACCUGCCCCUCAGCUUUCCAGCGAUCAGUCCAGCGAGUGCCAUGCGGAUAACAAUGUGGAGGCAGAGCCAGCAUCUCUCAGACAAAUGCAGCUCUACCUUCCAGAAAUCCCCGCUGAUCAGAGUGCAGCUGAGUCCUGGGACAACCUAAAAGAGGACAUAAAGGAGCUGAACGGUUUGGUGACGGAGUUUUCUGUGCUGGUUCACUCCCAGCAGGAGAAGAUUGACAGAAUAGAGGACAAUGUCAACACAGCCGCUGCCAACGUGGUGGAGGGGACCAAGAGCCUCGGGAAGGCGGUGGGAUACAAGCUGUCGGUGUUGCCAGUUGCCGGGGCGCUCCUGGGCAGCGUUUUGGGAGGCCCACUGGGUCUGCUGGCUGGCCUCAAAGCUGCAAGUGUGGCUGUUGCUCUGGGAGGCGGUGCCUUGGGUUUCGCGGGGGGGAACCUGGUUCAGAAGCACCGCAAAAGCCGAGUGGACCAACAGAUGAAACACCUGACAACGCCGCCAGCAGACCCACCAGCUGAUGUCUUGUCAAAGCAAAAAUGACGCAUCAGUGAGUCUUCACUUUGUAGCCUCAAUCCCAAUCUGUUGACUAAUCAAUGAGGCGCCUGUGCUGGCUGACCAAUCAGAUGCUGUGACGCAGAUACAGAAUACAAACCAG